AUGGUAUUCUCAAAGAUUGAUUUCCGGUUAGGAUACCAUCAGUUGAGAAUAAAGGACAGUGACAUAACCAAGACAGCUUUUCAUUCAAGGCAUGUGUUCUUUCUAGGGUAUGUAGUAUCGAAGGAAGGUGUCUCUGUGGAUCCUGCAAAGAUUGAGGCAGUUACGAGUUGGGCUCGUCCAACCAUAGUCAGUGAGGUGCACAGUUUCUUGGGAUUAGCAGGCUGCUAUAGACUAUUUGUAAAGAACUUCUCUCGUAUAGCUGCCCCAUUGACUUAUUUGACCCGAAAAGGAGCAACUUUUUUUUGGAAUGAGACAUGUGAAAACAGUUUCCAAGAUCUCAAGCAGAGGUUGGUUUCAGCUGUAGUUCUUAUAGUACUAGAUGGAUCAGGUUACAGCGACGCGUCCAAGAAGGGUAGGGAUGCAUACUGA